CAUUACUCCGGAAUUUUCCUACAUGCGAUACGUUACGCAGGAGAGAAGUGGAGUUUUGAGAGGCCUUGCUUUGUCAUGGUGGGCCACGAGAUUGCUCGUUGACUCAACAGACUCUGACUCACAACCGCACGCGCAGCCUCUACUACACCUUCCAUGUGUUUACGAGCACCUGUUGAAGCAGUCAGGAGAAGAAAUUCGAAGUAGAGCUUCUUCAUCUGCUACGGAACAACCCUAGUAAGCCAAGUCCCGUCAGGAUAAGCUGCUCCCAAAUUGCCAGACUUGCAUGAGGACGCCAUGUUAAGCCAAACAACUAACAAAGGACACAACCUAACAACAACUUCUUCUUUACAUUUACCAUUGAAGGUGACUGAGCGUGAGGUGAACAAUCAUCUUCAGAG